UAAGUAGUAACAUAACUAAAGUGAAGGCGAACAAACAAAAUGUAUAUUAUAGAAGCAAAGUUUCUGCAGACUUCUUCUCAAUGGAGAAGGAGGACACAUUUGUCGGCCGCAUUUGGAGGAGCCUUCGUGGACUUUCUGAUUAGGACUGCUUUCGCGCAGCACGAUGACGUCAUAUAGCCUACAACUGCGCACCUUCAGGAAGAAGACCCCGAAUUUAAACACAGCAUUACUUUCCCAGCAUCGACUAUUUCCAUUUGUUACAGACACGCUUCCGGUCAGCUGAUGUCGCAAAGGGAAUCUUGCCCUUUUCAUUGGACGCUUCGGUCGGUCAUACGUUUUGUUUCACUUCCGCAAUUCCGAACUAUUCCACUCCAAUUUGUAUUCUAUUAUCAUAUCGGAUGACGUUCCAAAUAGUUUUCAAACGAAAGAGCAACCAGCGCAUUUGAAUACUGGUUUAAUUAUGUACUUGUUUAUAUACGUCAGGAGAAAUUAAAAUCGACACUUUUUUGUGCUAAAGUCAACCAGGAAGUAGCAUUAGUGCAAGGAGGCUCGCCGCAUCAGUUGUAUAGCUGUCAGCUAACUUCUACAACGCUAUUAAAGCGAAAACAAUGCAGUUCUCCUAUCCCUGUCGAGGGCCUCUCCUGGUUUGGACACUGGUGGUUCAGCUAUUCCUGCAAGGAUGCGGGACAUAUGCCAACGACGCCACCAACAACUGUAAACUUGUGUUUGAGUCCGAGUCUGAACGGAAGGUCCUCCAACAAAUAGAGACACUCACCCACAAAAAUUUCACAGCAGAGACACAGAUUGGAGAGGACAAGUACUCGUAUGUGUUCCAGCUGUGUGGCGACGCAGGAGGCAUUCCGGGAGCUGGCGUCAUUCAAGUGAACAACCAAAAGACGGGAGCAAAGAUAACUGUGAUUGGCUCGUACAACGCAACAGAGGUUAUUGGAGGAAGUGACUAUGUGUGGUUGGUCUACGGAAAUGGAGAAAAAUAUGACACCCACUGCUCCAAAGAACAGAGAAAAGCAUUUGUGAUGAUUUUUUGCAACCGAAAUUUGGACUUAGGCCAGCUGGAGGUGGUUCAGGAGAACAGGGAACGGGAGCAGAACUGCUACUACCAAUUCAAGCUGGAGUCCAGUGCUGUGUGUCCACCUCUUGAAUCCAAGCUCAGUGCCGGUUCCAUCAUACUCAUCAUUGGUUUCUGUGUUCUGGCUGUUUACCUCAUCGGAGGUUUCCUCUACCAACGGCUCAUCGUCGGGGCCAAAGGCAUGGAUCAGUUCCCUAAUCAUGCCUUCUGGGUGGAGGUUGGCAAUCUCUCUGCAGACGGUUGCGACUUUGUAUGCCGCUCACGGGAUCGAGAGGAACCUCCUACCUACAGGGGAGUGGCCACGGAACCUUUAGAGGAGGAACCCGAAGAACGAGAUGACCACUUAUUACCUAUGUGACCUCAAAGAGUGUGCUUUUCUUUUCACUGUGUGACAAGUUUGAUAAAGUACUUGUGGAGAAACUC